AUGAAGUUCACAACAGCAGCUGCCUCGUUGGCACUUCUAGCUGCCUCCGCAGACGCAUUCAAGCCCGGCCCCGUGGUCCAACCUCGGAGUCGUGAUCGCAAAGGUCCUGCCAUCCAAGUCCUGCCACGACAGUUCCCAGCAGAGCCUGAAGGUGUUCAGACUAUCAUCAGCCCGAGUGGCGCGAACAUCACCUACAAGGAGCCAGGGAAGGAGGGAAUCUGCGAAACAACUCCAGGUGUCAACUCUUAUGCCGGCUUCAUCAACCUCGGUCAAGACGUGCAUAGCUUUUUCUGGUUCUUCGAAUCGCGAAGGGACCCAGCCAACGACCCUCUGACACUUUGGCUGAAUGGUGGUCCUGGUAGCGACAGCUUGAUCGGCCUGUUCCAAGAACUUGGGCCCUGCAACGUAACGGAAGACCUGGUGACAGCACUGAAUCCAUACGCCUGGAACGAAGUCUCGAACAUGCUGUUUUUGAGUCAGCCAAUUGGUGUAGGCUUCAGCUACGGCGGCAAAGCAGAGGCAUCGAAGGGCAUAUUCGGAGAAUUCAUUCCAGCAGACGAAGCCGAACCAGAUGGAAGAUAUCCUACGUUCGACCCUUCUGCUAUCGACACGACUGAUCUUGCCGCAAUCGCGGCGUGGGAAGUGGUACAGGGCUUUUACUCUGCUCUCCCUCAGCUCGACAGCAACGUCAGCUCAACGACAUUCAACUUGGCUACCGAGUCGUAUGGCGGCCACUAUGGUCCAGCCUUCUUCAAAUACUUCUACGAUCAGAACGAGCUCAUCAAGAACGGUACCAUUCAGGGACAAGAACUGGAGUUCAGCUCUCUCACUCUGAUCAACGCCAUUAUCGACGAAGCAAUUCAGGCACCGUACUACCCAGAAUUUGCCAACUACAACACCUACGGCAUCAAGGCUCUCAACGAUACCAUGUAUAACUAUGCUUCUUGGGCAGUAGUGAUGCCGAAUGGCUGUCUCGACCAACUCACCUACUGCAACGUCGCGAACCAAAGCACAGCUGUUGGCCAAGCUGUUUGCGCAGAAGCAGCCUUGAUGUGCAGAGACAAUACGCAAGCAGCACUCGGCGUCGACACAAAUUACACCUCGUUCAGUAACAACGACAUCUACUACGCUUUCCAGCAGACCGGUGAUUUCGUCUACCCAAAUUUCAAGGAAGAUUUGGAAGCAAUCCUGAAUGCUUCUGUCAGAGUAUCGAUGAUCUAUGGCGAUGCGGACUAUAUCUGCAAUUGGUUCGGUGGAGAGGCAGUGAGUAAGGGAGUACAAUACACCAAUACCGAGGAGUUCAAUGCGGCGGGCUAUACACCUAUGGUGGUGGAUGGCGUGCAGUAUGGAGAGACGAGGGAGUAUGGCAACUUCUCCUUCACUCGCAUCUACGAAGCAGGUCAUGAAGUUCCCUACUACCAACCCAUUGCCGCUCUCCAGCUCUUCAAUCGCACGAUUUUCGGCUUCGAUACCGCCACGGGAACGAAGAAGGUCACCGAAGAUCUCAGUACGUCUGGUAACGCGAAUACCACACAUACGGCGAGUGCGCCGCCGUUGGCGAGCGAGACCGGUGGUGCUGUUCUUGGCGAUGGGAAGAAGGCUAUUUGGUGGAGAUCUUAA